AUGUCGACGUCGUCGGCGCCAGAUGUGGCGGAGUCGUCGCGUGCCGGCCAGCAAGCGGAGCAGCAGCCCGAGCCGGAGCCGCAGCGCAAGUGGGUGGCCCUCGUCUCCGCUGCGGUCCUCCUCGGCAACGAGGACGAGCGGGCCCAGCAGAUCCCCGUCGGCUCCGACGUGCUGCUCGACCUCAACGACCCACCGCUGCCCUCCUACCUGGUGCUGCACCCCCGCGUCGUCGCCGACCCUAGGCGCAACGACGGGCCGCUGUCCGCCUACAUCCUCGCUGUCGACCGCUCCGCCGCCUGCAUCCUCGUCCAGGUCGUCGAAGGCAACCGCCCGGACUUCUUCCUCUGCAACACCCACAGACGUACCGUCACCAUCUUCCCCUCGGUGCGCAAUCUCCGGCCUCACCUCAGCAUCGGCCUCAUCGCCGACCCACGCCACCGCGGCCACUACAUGGUCGCCCAGCUCCACCCCACCACCUCCGACGACCAGCCCAACGGGAUCCUCUGCUACUCCACCGUCAUACGCCGGUGGUUCAUCAGGGGGCUCGACCUGCGACAGGCCCACAUGCGCAACCCCUUCUCCGAGACCGGCGUGCUCGCCCACGACGGCCGCCUCUGGUGGUUCGCCCUCGCCUAUGGCGUGUUCUUCUGCGACCCCUGCAGGCCACUCUACGAGCACCUCAAGCUGCGCUUCCUCCCGCUCCCGGACGACUGCGAGAUGGAGGGCGACGUCGCCUUCGACCCCCGCAUCAAGACCCUCAUCGACCAGCGCCGCUGCGUCAGGCUCAGCGAGGGCAAGCUGCGCUUCGUCAUGAUCCGCGGCCUCUCCUACGACGAGCUCGUCGACGUACCCGCGGCCGCGGCUAACCCCACCGUCCGGAUGUGGACGCUCGACGACCCGGAGGGCCCCGACCCAUGGACGUUCGAGUACGAGGUGGCCUUCGCCGAAAUCUGGGAGAACAAGACCUACACCGACGCGGGCCUGCUGCCGGACGAGGUGCCCCACGUCGCCCUCGUCGACCCCAACAACCACUUCGUCGUCUACUUCUUCCAGGGCUCGAAGCUCUUCGGCGUCGACAUGCGCGAGAAGAAUGUCGUCGGCUGCAAGGAAUGCCUGAUAGACCGUGAUCAACUCAGGUUCCAAUCCUCCCGCCCCAUCGUCGAUGCCUGGGAGCUGCCGCCACCGCCACCCACGCUUCCAGGCGACGACAGCUCUUCACCAGACGAUGAAGUUUGUUCGACAGAGUCUUUUCCCGAGGAAAAGAAGAGCCAGGUGACCGAAUCUGUUAACUCUUGGCUAACCCAGGCCCGGUUGGAGUGGACGAGGGACACGGAUGCAUCAGAGGAGAACUGGAGGGCAUGGAAGAUGGCACCACCAACAUCAGAGGAGAACUCGGGUGGCCAAGCUGAUGAUGAGCCGGAGAUGCAGUUCUCUCUUUCUCUGUAGCCUGUAGGUGAGGCAGAGAGCCCAGAGACCGAUUCGUCUGUCAACAUGUGGAAGCUUCUUUCGAUCUUGCGUGCCCUUUUCAGAUACAUAGAGUAUAGAGCCUGCAGCUUUGUGUCAUGGACAGCUCAUCCAUUCUCAUCUGAGUUGAUGAAAGCCAAGGAACAAUCAUACCGGGACCGUUAGGUGUUAUGGAGAUGUGUGUGCAGUUCCAGUACUGGAAUCUGGAAUGCCAGUCCUGUGGUUACCUCUUCCAGUUUUUUGUUUGUUUGUCUCCGAAUGGAUUGCCUCUGUCUGUUGGGCACUUGGGGCUGUGAAAACCUGCAAUGUGUCGCAAGUCGACCUGCUAAUGCAAAUGGAGUUCAGUUUUGGUCCUCCGUGUUCAUUCCUUA